AUGGAUAAUGUUGAACAGAAAUGGAGAGAAAUAAAUACCUCACAAGUGUUAAGAGAUAUAGCUGAUGCAUUACAGCAUAUAGUGAGAGCUAUACCUGCUACUACAUCUAUACCUACUGUCAGACAGGCCCCGAUUAAAGAGGUACGAAAAUAUGGUGCCACGGAAUUUCAGGGAUUAAAAGGAGCUGAUCCAUCCGUUGCUGAAAAUUGGAUGGAAACAACAAAAAGAGUUUUGCAACAAUUAGACUGCACCCCCCGAGAGAGUCUGAUAUGUGCAAUAUCACUGUUACAAGGAGAAGCGUAUCUCUGGUGGGAAUCUGUGGUUAGACAUUUGCCGGAUGAUCAGGUAACUUGGGACUUGUUUCAAAAAGAAUUUCAGAAGAAGUAUAUUGGGGAACUGUACAUCGAAGAGAAAAAGCAAGAGUUUUUAGUGUUGAAACAGGGGAAUAUGUCAGUAUUGGAUUAUGAGCGAGAGUUCUCUAGAUUGAGCAGAAAUUCGCAUCGUGAGCACUGCGGAAAGAAACACAGAGGAGAAUGUUGGAAAGUAACUAGAGGUUGCUUGGAUGUGGUUCUACUGCACCAUUUUAUCGUAGACCGUCCGAAUACCGAUAGUGAUACACCAGAUCGUCACAAAGAUCGAUAUCUCAUCGCUAGAGGCGAGGUCGUAGAGGUAAUUCGGCUUCCAGAGGAGGUGCUGGUAGAAGGAGCAGUGAUAUUGCUACUCGCCAGUCUGAAGCCAGAGUACCAGCUAGAGCUUAUGUGGUCAGAAAACGAGAAGAAGGCGAUGCACAUGAUGUUGUUACAGCUGAAGGUAAAGGAAAGUGAUGUGUCUAAAACUGCUUUCCGUACUCGUUAUGGCCAUUAUGAAUUUUUGGUAAUGCCAUUUGGAUUGACCAAUGCCCCAGCUGCUUUCAUGGAUCUGAUGAACCGCAUUUUCCAGCCGUACUUAGAUCAGUUUGUAGUGGUUUUCAUUGAUGAUAUAUUGGUAUAUUCGAAGACAGAGACAGAACAUGAUCAGCAUCUUCGAAUAGUUCUACAAAUUUUACGAGGAAAACAGCUAUAUGGAAAGCUCAUAUCUGCAGAUGGAAUCCGAGUUGAUCCUAAAAAGAUCGAAGCAAUUAUUCAGUGGAAGACGCCAAAGAAUGUAUCGGAGGUACGCAGUUUUCUUGGUUUAGCUGGGUAUUACAGGAGAAAAGCUGUAAUUGAAUUAAGAGCAAUGUUUGCACGGCUUAGUAUCAGUGAGGAUGGGAGUCUUUUGGCCGAAUUGAGAGUAAAACCGGUAAUAUUUGAUCAGAUUAGAUCAGCUCAGUUGGAAGAUGACAAAUUAUUGAAGAAAAGAGAGAUGGCAAGUGGGGUGAUGGAGUUAGUGGGGUGGUUUAGUGGGGUGUUGGAGUUAGUGGGGUGGUUUAAUGGGGUGGUAUAA